ACGCUGUUGCUGCUGAUUGUUUGUCGAGUCCUCAAUGAAGAUUGUUUUUUAGCUGUUUGUUCAACAUUCUGGAUCGUUAACAGUUGUAAGAUGGGGGACCAAGUUGAGCUACAGAUCACUCCUGAGACUCCAGGCAGGCCUUCAGUAAGAAACCCCUUUGAAAGUCCCAAUGACUACCACCACCUCCGUGAAGCCCUGGUGCCAAGCCCAUCUGUCUUCAAAUCCAGGACUUGUUGUAAAGCUACUCCACCCAAGUUUAACUGGUCAAUAGAUGAAAUGGCCAGUCUUCUCCCAGUGCACAUAGAUGCAGAGGAAAUUCAGCGACAGUCUUUAUACCUCAGCCAGACAAGGAUGGAUACUGACAUUGAAGAAAAGCGUCAGAAUGCUAUUGAACAGUUUUUUACCAAAGGAGCAAUCGUGCCUUCGCCCUGGGCCGCACCAGACACCCGUAAAGGCCCUCAGAUGUAUACCAAAAGUUCUAAGUCUGCAAUGAUUGAAGAGGAGCCGGAAAAAAUCUCAGUUGCUUGUCAGACAACUCUUUCAUUACCUUUGGCUUUUGAUUUGGAGAAAAUACUAGGGGAUUAUUACCGCAUCGAGGAACCAUGUGACGCCGUGCACGAGAGUCUCAGUUCCUCCUCCUUAAGAAGGAAACUCUUCCUCGAUGGCCAGGGUGCUUUCAGCGGCUCUGACAGCUCCUGCCCAGCGAGCCCGGAGAGAAUCCACACAACGCAGGGGAGGCUCUUUCUGAACCGAGGAGGGGGAUCUGCAGGAGGGGCAGUAGGCUCUGCGGGGGAACCUGUUUCCUCCAUCUUUGCCUCCCCUUUGUCCUGUGGGGUGUCAGCUCCUACUCCCUCUACGGGUCAGUUCUCGUCGAGUCCCAUUCAUAAUGGCCGCUUCCGGGACUGCAGCCUCGGAAGCAUCACCAGUCCUCUGUUCCCGGACAGGUCUUCUCCUGCCUGCCUGGUCUCCCCCACAAUUUCUCCCAUCGUUUCCCACGCAGUUUGCUCACCCAUUUCUUCAGUUGAGAGGAAGAAGCUGAGCACUUUGACUCCACUUGGCGUUUCCCUGGACAUAAAUCUCCCUCCCUGCAAUGUGAGUCCAUUCGUGGAGGGUUGCUCUCCCAUUCGUAGCUGCUCUCCCCACCAGCUCCUCUGCCACAAUGAGUCUCAGCACAAUGCCAGACCUAAGCCCCGACCCAGGGUCCGCUGCUGGGCGUCCCCUCCCCUCAUCUCUCCGAUCCUCAACCCUAAGCUCCAAGACAAUCAGGAGGCUGAGGACCAACUCUCUCUGUCCCCCCCCUCCUUUGCCUCGUCUUCCUCUUCUCUCCCCAUUAUGGAGCUAGAUCCAUCUUCACCGCUUGCCCACCACGCUCACUCCGCUGCCGCUGAGAGGGUAAACCUGGAUCCUAUGGAACCUGUGAAAAUGGACGAGAGCAAGGACUCAGAGAUGGAAGGGAGGCUGGAGGAUGAAGAGGAGGAAGGUGGAUUGCUUUCGGGACAGCUGACCAGCUCUCGUAUGGGCAAUGUGUCGCCAAUAGAAGGCUCUCGUAUGUUUGUAUCUAUUCUGGCAGAGGGGAGCAGCAUACCCUUCGAUUCCAGCAUGCAGGUAGACAGUGGGUACAACACUACCUCAGCGGGCACUGCCAGUCUUAUAGAUGGACUCGGCUCAGACUGUCAUGGCAGAGAGUCCUUCAGUUCGACCAUGGCAGAAGAAGCCUUCCAACCCCCUCGAUACAUUAAAGUAAAGGCAUUUUAUCCUCACCACUGAGCCAUUUAAAGGUUCGCCUCUUCCAGUGGAAACAAAGUUCACACUAUAUUUUGAAGCAUUUAUGUGUUUUAAGGUGAAUUGGGUCAACUAAUCAAUGCAGUAUAAACUGAGGGGUUUCACAAGUGAAUGUUAGACUAGUUAAUAGACUAAACGUUUUCCAGUUCUUUGGGACCUGGUAUUGUAUAAUGUUGUGGUAAGGGGGAAGAGAAAUAAGUAAAUGCUGUAUCAAACUUGCACAAAUACCUCUGUUAUGCUGGAUUUAUGCUGAAGUCAUAAUUUCAGUUUUGUUUGGUGCCAACAUGAUCUCCCAGAUUGAUCCUGAGUUUCAGAUGACAUCAGAUUUGUACUGUACUUAUCUUUUUUUUAUUUAAACAAUUUACCAUGUUUUUAUACAAGCUUUUUCUUGUUUUGAACUAAUUGUUUAAAUUCAGGUUACCUGUGCAUCUUAUUUGGAUUGUCAGAGUAUUUAUUUCUGAAUAAGACACAUAAUGCCACUAAUUCAAAGCCUAUUGAGCCAUACUUAAAGCAUGGGCUGUAUCGCUGUCACAUAAAUAAAUUAACUUGAAUUCUU